AAUUUCUCUCCUUCAGUGCUGCAGGGACGCUGAGGUAGGCUCCAACUCUCCCUGCUUCACACACACACACACACACACACACACACACACACUCACACUGUGGCCUCAGAGUUUUUCAGCCUCAAGCUCUUUAAUGAGAGUUUGAAGUCAAUAACUUUAUUGUGACUCAGUAUGACAUCGUCCUUCAAUCAGAUCUGAUCAUCACAGUUUAUAAAACAUGUCACAUGAUCCUGUAGCAUCACACGCACACAAACACAACAUCAAGAUGACUCAUCAAAAAUAUCUUUGACUCAACAGGUGAACCUUCACUGUCUGUGUUUUUUCUGACCUUUGACCUCCAGAUUCUGCUGCCUGAACUCACCUGCUUGUGACCUCUGACCCCUGAAGGAGCCAUGAACUCUGUGCCCCCCGGUGAGGAGCUUGACCCGUCUUCAUCUCCUCCUCCCCCACGUUGCCAUGGUGAUGAAGAAGAGGAGGACCUGAACAAAACGUUUGACGUCCAGUGUUUUCAGCAGAUCCUCCAUCCGGCAGCUUGUAGUCCACCGGAGAACUUCCGGGUAUACGAUGAGCAGGACUUUGAAGAUCAUCGUCACUCUUCUCUCCACGUCCACGUUCCUCUGUCCAAACCUCCCGGCGACAGCAGGAGGAAGAGGACCAACGAGGAGAGGACGGAUGGGAUGAGAGGCUCCGCCCCCAGCGCUGCUACCACCAUAGAAGAAGACCGGGAGGAGGAGGGUCCGACGGCCACGCCCUCCGCUGACGACGCUGAUGAAGAUGAAACGCUGACAUCUGUCGACCUGGACGACAUCAAGAGUCACAGAUUGGUCGACGUCCCGGCAGUGCGGCGUCACCUGGUGAGGCGGAGCUCCAGAGGGCCAAACGUCCACACCGGCAAAGAUCAGAUCGUUGGUCGGACACAGACUCAGCUGAGAAUCAACCAACCAGACCGCACACCUCACGAGGUGUUUGUGGAGCUCAACGAGCUGAUGAUUGACAGGUCACAGGAGCUGCAGUGGCGGGAGACGGCUCGAUGGAUCAAGUUUGAGGAGGAGGUGGAGGAGGAGACGGAGCGAUGGGGUCGACCCCACGUGGCCUCGCUCUCCUUCCGCUCGCUGCUGGAGCUCCGGAGGAUCCUGUCCCACGGGGCAGUGCUUCUGGACCUAAAGCAGACGACGCUGCCGGACAUCGCCAAGCAGGUGGUGGAGCAGAUGUUGAUCUCAGAUCAGAUCAAAGCUGAAGAUCGAGCCAAGGUCCUGAGAGCUCUGCUGCUGAGACACAGUCAUCCCAGUGAUGAGAAAGAUCACAGCUUGUUCAGCAGGAACAUCUCUGCCGCCAACAUGGCCGCCCUGAUUGACAGACACAAUGGCCAAUCAGAGCCCUCCAAAAAUCUGACAAAUCACAGAGAGGCUGAGCUCGAGAAGAACAAGAGAGAAGCUCCGCCCCUCUGUCACUCCAAAUCCAAACAUGAAGUGAAGCUAAUGGAGAAGAUCCCAGAGAGAGCUGAGGCCACCGUGGUUCUUGUAGGCAGCGUGGGCUUCCUGGACCAGCCAUCCAUGGCGUUUGUGCGGCUGCAGGAGGCGGUCCUCCUUGAGUCGGUUCUAGAGGUUCCCGUCCCUGUGAGGUUCCUCUUCCUCCUGCUUGGCCCGCCCACCACUAACAUUGACUACCACCAGAUCGGACGCUCCAUCUCCACGCUCAUGUCAGACAAGCACUUCCAUGAGGCGGCGUACCAGGCUGACGACCGCCAAGACCUGCUAAUAGCCAUCAACCGUUUCCUGGACUGCAGCGUCGUCCUGCCUCCCUCGGAGGUCGACGGCGACGAGCUGCUGCACUCGGUCGCUCGCUUCCAACGAGAAAUGCUCCGAAAGAGGGAGGAGGAGCAGAGCGGCAAACUGCAAGAGAAACCGUCCUGCGUUCAGCAGCAUGAAGAUUCCCUGGUUCCUUCCAAACCUGGGGACGAACCUCUGAGGCGUUCGGGUCGUCCGUUCGGGGGUUUGAUCAAAGACGUGACCCGACGCUACCCUCAGUACCUCAGUGAUCUCCGAGAUGCUCUGAACCCGCAGUGCAUGGCCGCCAUCAUCUUCAUCUACUUUGCUGCACUGUCACCUGCUAUCACCUUCGGUGGACUCCUGGGUGAGAAAACCGAAGGCCUGAUUGGUGUGUCGGAGCUGAUUGUUGCCACGGCGAUGCAGGGCAUAGUUUUCAGUGUUCUGGGUGCUCAGCCUCUGCUGGUGAUCGGCUUCUCUGGACCACUGCUGGUGUUUGAAGAGGCCUUCUACACUUUUUGUAAAGACAAUGGGAUCGAGUAUCUGACCGGCCGGGUGUGGAUCGGUUUCUGGCUCGUUCUCAUUGUUCUCGUCACCGUGGCCUUGGAGGGAAGCAUCCUCGUUCGCUUCGUUUCCCGCUUCACUCAAGAGAUCUUCUCUUUCCUCAUUUCUCUCAUUUUCAUCUACGAGACCUUCGCCAAGCUGGUCAAGAUCUUUCAGGAGCAUCCUCUCCAAAACUGUUUCAAUGGAAACAACACAGUAUCUCCAUCUCUCUGCAACUACACCACAGUCGCUGAGAAUCCUGGGAAGGUUGUCGGAGAACCCAACACGGCGCUGCUGUCAUUCGUGCUCAUGUCUGGAACUUAUUUCAUCGCUUUCUACCUCCGCAAGUUCAAGAACAGCUCCUUCUUUCCUGGCAGGCUCCGAAGGAUCAUCGGAGACUUCGGGGUCCCCAUCGCGAUCCUCAUCAUGGUGUUGGUGGACUACAGCGUGGAGGACACCUACACCCAGAAACUCAACGUGCCAAGUGGAUUCUCGGUUUCUAGUCCGGAGAAGCGCGGUUGGCUGAUUUCUCCUCUGGGGUCGGACGGACAGUUUCCUGCUUGGAUGAUGGGUGCGAGCAUCCUGCCGGCCAUCCUCGUCUUCAUCCUCAUCUUCAUGGAGUCCCAGAUCACUGCGCUGAUUGUCAGUAAGAAGGAGAGAAUGUUGGUGAAGGGAACUGGUUUUCACCUGGACCUCCUCAUCAUUGUGGUGGUGGGUGGACUCUCAGCUCUGUUUGGUUUGCCCUGGCUAUCGGCCGCCACCGUCCGGUCCGUCACCCACACCAACGCCCUCACUGUCAUGAGCAAAGCUGUUGCCCCUGGAGACAAGCCACGUAUCCAGGAGGUGAAGGAGCAGAGGGUGACAGGCUUCCUGGUGGCUGUUCUAGUGGGUCUGUCUAUCGUCAUCGGGGAGGUUCUGCGUCAGAUCCCCCUGGCGGUGCUCUUUGGGAUCUUCCUGUACAUGGGCGUGAUGUCUCUGAACGGGAUCCAGCUCACAGAAAGGCUCAUUCUGCUGCUGAUGCCCCCAAAGUACCACCCUGAUCAAAACUAUGUCCGCAAGGUGCGGACAUUGAGGAUGCAUCUGUUCACUCUCAUUGAGCUCACCUGUCUGUCUCUCCUGUGGGUCGUCAUGUCGACGGCAGCUGCGUUAGCGUUCCCCUUCGUGUUGCUGCUGACGAUACCUGUGAGGAUUCUGCUGCUGCCCCGUGUGUUCACCUGCAGAGAGCUGCAGAGCCUGGAUGCGGACGAUGUGGAGCCUCACCUGGACGAGAAGGAGGGGCAGGACGAAUACUCUCAGCUGCAGAUGCCCGUGUGAUUGGUUGAACCCGUCUCAUGUCUCCUGCAGCAGAGCUGUUGUAAUCAGAUUAUGAAUCCGAUUAUGAAUCCGAUUAUGGAUCAGAUUAUGAAUCACAUUGUGUACUUCCUGGUUCUUCUGUCUCGAUCACACUAACUGAAACUGAGUUUCAUUAAAGACAAAUCACUUUGUGUGUAAAAAACUGA